GAUGCGUUAGCUGGCCACUCGUUUUGUUUUUAUUUUAUUUUAUAUUCCUUUUCGUUUUCUCUCUUCGCCGAGUUCUCCGAACAGGUGGGGAAUACAGAGAGACUUCAAAAAAUAGAAAUUCAAUUUUCUUGUGUUAUGAUUACACGUUGAUUUCUCCGUUUCUUUCUUAGUAGAAAUUGCAACUUCAAGAUUGUUGGGUUCGGCCUGAGAUUUUGGUUUUCGUGGUUGAUUCCGGGUCCAUUUUCGUUUAAGAGAUCUGGGGAUUUUUUUCCAGCCACUGGUUGUUCGCGAUCUGAACUUGGUUUCCUUGAAGACCAAGAAUUGUAGAUUCUCGGGUUCGAAGUUUUUUCCCCUCCUUCAAGAGAGGCCAUUGAUUCUCCAAAGAAAGAAAAAGUUGGAGGGGUUUCGCUUUAUUUCUCUCUCUUAUAACUGUACGCGUGGCGACUGUUGCCGGACUCGUGUAAUGCUGGAGUCAGAUUUCUUGAAACAGAGUCCAACCAGCCUCUGUCUCCAAUGGGCGUCUUUUAUUUCUGAUACAGAUAGCCAAGAAUCUCAGUUUCUGGAGAUCUGAAGCCAUUUUUGUCACCACUUAUUUCUUCGCAAGAAAACAGAUUGACUUCUGAAGAUGAUGAGAAUGAAGGAUAAACCGACAGUCCUGUCUCCAUUGACCGGUAGUGCAGCCGGCACUGGCCACGAGUCCGGGUCUGAAUGGGAGAUAAGACCAGGAGGAAUGUUGGUGCAGAAGCGAAACCCGGAUUCGGAAAGGAGCUCCGCCCCAGCACCGACAAUUAGAGUUAGGGUCAAAUACGGGUCAAUCUACCACGAAAUCAGUAUCAGUUCUCAAGCUACAUUUGGGGAAUUGAAGAAAAUUUUGACAGGACCGACAGGUUUGCACCAUCAAGAUCAGAAACUGAUAUACAAAGACAAGGAAAGAGAUUCGAAGGCCUUUCUUGACACAACCGGUGUUAAGGACCGAUCAAAGAUUGUUCUUGUUGAGGACCCAAUUAGCCAGGAGAGACGGUUCCUUGAGAUGAGGAAGAACGCCAAGAUGGAGAAAGCUUCCAAGUCCAUAUCCGAUAUUAGUUUGGAGGUUGAUAGGCUGGCAGGCCAGGUUUCAGCUCUUGAAUCAAUUAUAAGUAAAGGUGGGAAAGUAGCAGAGAAGGAUGUGCUCACUCUGAUUGAGCUAUUGAUGAAUCAGUUGCUUAAAUUGGAUGGAAUUAUGGCUGAUGGAGAUGCAAAAUUACAGAGGAAAAUGCAGGCGAGAAGGGUGCAAAAGUGUGUUGAAACUCUAGACUUGUUGAAGAUCAAAAACUCUACACCCAACAGCAAUGGAGGUCAAAUCCCAAUGCAGAAUCAAAGAAAGUAUUCGAAAGGCCAAAGACUCGCCCCGAUCCAAGAACACCCAUUAAGACAUUCAAAUGGACAAAGACCAACACCAGUUCAAGAGCAACAGCAGCAGCAAGACCAGCACCAGCACCAACAGCAACAGCCAUCGAGGCACUCAGCAUCAGGACCAGUCGUUGUAACCACCAAAUGGGAGAUAUUUGAUUCUACGCCGGCAUCUACAUCCUCCUCAGCCAACAAUAAUUCAGUCCAGCAAAAGUCAAACUGGGAAUUCUUUGAUUAAGCUGUACGUUGACUAUUUGUUAUGUGUUUGUAUGUGUGUGCUGGGAUUGUCUCCGGUUGGUUUGAUAUCUCCUACAUUCUUCCUGUAUUUAGAUUUAUUGGCAAUCCCCAGUCCAACAGAAAUAAAUGGGCUCACUAGAAUACCACUUAUUAUGAAAAUCAAUCUGUUGAUUGUUGUUUUUUUCACCUUCAUUUGUAGUAUUGAUUCUGGUUUUGACAAUGAUUAUGUUUGUCACUGUAA